AUGCAAAAACACCAAAAGCAACCAGGUGGUGGAAACAGGAUCAAACAAAGCAUGAAAACGACACUCUGGAGCGUCACGGCCGAGAAGCCGAUCUCAAGAAAGAGAAAGGCGGAGUCCAACCUGUUGGAGGCGACCAAGAAGUCCAAGAUACAGGAAAAGGGUGACGGCGACGGCGACGGCAACGCCAGUGACGGCUUGGAGGACUGA